CAUCGGCUGGAGACAGCCCCGCACUCGAGAGCUUGGUCAGUUCUGGAGACCAAAGAUGACUGGGUUCUUGGCCAUUUUCCUCCUCUGCAGCCUGCUGACCCCUUCACAAGGACUUGCAAUCACGCCCUCAGCUGCCAAAGAGGGUAUAGAUGAUCUUAACAGUACACGAACAAAACGUGACCUCCAGAAGCUUCAAGGUGGACUCCCUGGCAGCAAUCUGCUUGGUGGUCUCCUUGAAAAAGAUAAUCCUCUUGACGGAGUCCUUGGUGGAGACGGUGUCCUUGGUGGUCUCCUCAGCAGAGAUGGUGCUGUUGGCAGUCUCCUUGGCAGACGUGGUCUCCUUGGCAGAAAUGGUGCUGUCGGUGGUCUCCUUGGUGAAGAUGGUGUCCUUGGUGGUCUCCUUGGAAAAGAUGGUGUCCUUGGUGGUCUCCUUGGAAAAGAUGGUGUUCUUGGUGGUCUCCUCGGUAGAGAUGGUGCUGUUGGAGGUCUCCUUGGUGGAGAUGGUCUCCUUGGUGGAGAUGGUCUCCUUGGUGGAGGUGGACUCCCUGGCAUAGAUGGUGUCCUUGGUGGUCUUGGUGCAGAUGGUGCUGUUGGAAGUCUCCUUGGUGGAGAUGGUCUCCGUGGAAAAGACGGUGUCCUUGGUGGUCUCCUCGGCAGAGAUGGUGCUGUUGGAGGUCUCCUUGGUGGAGGUGGUCUCCUUGGUGGAGGUGGACUCCCUGGCAUAGAUGGUGUCCUUGGUGGUCUUGGCACAGAUGGUGCUGUUGGAAGCCUCCUUGGUGGAGAUGGUGUCCUUGGAAAAGACGGUGUCCUUGGUGGUCUUCUCGGCGGAGAUGGUGCUGUUGGUGGUCUCCUUGGAAAAGAUGGUGUCCUUGGUGGUCUCCUUAGUGGAGAUGGUGCUGUUGGGAGUCUUCUUGGUGGAGAUGGUGUCCUUGGUGGUCUCCUUGGCCAAGAUGGUCUUGUUGAUGAUCUCCUUGAUGUUCUUAGUAGUCUCAUUGGCAAAGGUGGUCUCCUUGGCAAAGAUGGUCUUGUUGGCAAUCUUCUUGUAAAAAACGGUGGAGUUCUCACAGGGAUGAAAAUUGUGAACAACACCCUCCCCAAAAUAAGUGUGCGCUCCCUUCCAGGCUUUGGGCACCAGGUGGGCUUCAACACCCAGCUGCUGGUCGAGAGCACCAGCACGCCGGGCAAGGCGCUCUGCGUGCAGGUGGAAGCAGAUGCGGUCAUGCUGGUCCAGGACAAGUUGGAGUCUCUUCAGAACAAUGAGGACUGCAAGACUUCCGACAUAACGAUCCGUGUGAGACCCAAAGUGCCGCUUCUGGAUCAGCCCUUAAAACGCCUCCUUAGUGAUGCCCUGCGCGAGGUGGGGUGCAACAUCGUCAACACCAGGCUCAGCGCCGUGGGCUCAGUGCUCGGCUCCAGGACCCCUGCGCUCCCGCUCGGGGCUCUGGGGGACCUGCCCCCCUUUUCCAUCAUCAGCGACAACGCAAUCCAGAUGGAUCUAAAUCUCCUCGUCGGGGACCCGGAGGGCGGCGUGGUGGCCUCCCCGCAGGGCCCGCUCGCUGCCACCCUGCUGCUGGCCACCGGCCACCCGCCGCGGCUCAGCCUCCCCCAGCGCAGCCUCGGCGUCCUGCUGGAGCCGGUGCUGGGGCAGGGAGCCUUCAACCGCAACAUCACCAGCUCCACGGUGCCCGAUAGCAUCUCGCUGUCCACGUCUGCCCUGCUCCCGCUCAUCCCCCAGCUCGCCAGGGUCCUCCCCGGCUCUCUGCCGCUGGAGCUGAGCGUGCGGGUGGCCAACGAGCCGGGGAUGGCCGUGAAGGACAGAAGAGCCACCAUCACCCUCAAAGCCGCCAUCGACCUCUUCAGCCCCCUGCUGCAGUCCCCCCAGAAGCUCCUCUUCUCCCUCGAUGCGGACAUCGUUCUGAAUGUUAUCCCAUCGGUCUCAAACGGCAAACUGCGAACCUCCCUGGCUCUUGGCAGCAUCAACGUGACACGGGCACCCCUGGGACUCAACCUUCUUGGUGUCUCCCCGCUUGCAGGAUGGCUCCAGGGAGUCCUUGGGGCUGCAUACGUACCUGCCAUUAACGAUGCCUUGCGCACGUCGGUCCCUCUGCCCAAAGUUGUCGGCACCAGCCUCAGGGACGCCAAGGUUGACAUCACCGACGCGGAUGACUCUCCCCACCAGACCCCACUAAAAAGAUCCUGCCCAGGAGGAGCCUCCACCCUGCUCGUCGUCUGAGGCAGGCCACGCGCUGCGAGCACCACAGCCCUGCUCCUCUCUGCUCUCCCCAGCUCCGUUUUCCCCUGAGCAGCCCCCUGCGCUGUCGCUGUGUCCGAGGGGGACAGGCGACCGUCGCCGGUCGGCCAGUGCUGGCACGGCCUGGCAUCGGGGUAGGGGAAGCUGCUCGGCUGGUGGAUGUUGGGGGGGUUCUGUGCCCACUUUUUGCAGCCAUAGUCGAGAAGCAGGAGCUUUCUCUUAGGCAUAGGUUGGUCUCAUAUUGCUCAUUUAAUAAAGUCUUUC